AUGUAUAGGAGGUCCAAGCAUUUGGAAGUUGUUGGAUACUCGGAUUCAGAUUUCGCUGGAUGUAUUGACACUAGAAAAUCCACGUUUGGUUAUUUGCUCCAAUUAGCUGAAGGAGCAAUAUCGUGGAAGAGUGCUAAACAGUCUGUCAUUGCUACAUCCACGAUGGAAGCAGAAAUUAUGGCAUGUUUUGAGGCCACAAUUCAUGCAUUAUGGGUGCGAAACUUUAUUUCAAGACUUGGGGUUGUCGACACCAUUACCAAGCCGCUGAAAAUUUACUGUGAUAAUUCUGCAGCAGUAUUCUUCUCCAAGAACGAUAAGUACUCUAAAGACCUGACCCAUUUGACAAAAACCCACCCUAAUAAAACAUCCGACCUAAUAAAACAAGCCCUCUUUGGUGAUGGGGCAUCAGCUGUCAUUAUUGGUUCAGAUCCAAUUUUAACGGUAGAAACGCCUUUGUUUGAGAUUGUAUUCGCAACUCAAGCUCUUCUCCCUGAUAGUGGACAUGCAAUCUAUGGUAACCUCAGUGAGGCUGGUUUAGUAGCCCAUAUACAUAAGGAUGUUCCAAUGCUAAUCUCAAAAGACAUUGAGAGGAUCAUGGAGGAAGUAUUCCGGCCUUUGAGCAUUUCGGAUUGGAACUCCAUCUUUUGGGUAGCUCAUGCAGGUGGACGUGCAAUUUUGGAUCAAAUUGAAGUAAAGGUGGGCCUAAAGCGUGAAAAACUCAGAGCUACAAGACAUGUCAUGAGUGAAUAUGGGAACAUGGGCAGUGCUUGUGUUCUGUUUGUUUUGGAUGAGAUGUGGAAAACCUCUAUUAAGAAAGGGUUAGGUACCACCGGUGAAGGGCUAGAGUGGGGCGUGCUUUGUGGUGGACCCGGGCUAACUGGUGAGACAAUUGUCCUUCACAUUGUCUCUAUUUAGGUUAUUCACUUAGUGAUCGGUCCGCUAGUUCACGCAAAUCCGAAGAAGUUAUCACGGACGAGCCACAUGCAGGGAAACUUACACGUGUGGUUCUGGCCGGGAAAUUUGAAUUGUUUGAAGGGGAGUCUUGACGUAACUGGUAAAGUUGCCGUCAUGUAAUGUGAUCAGGAGGUUACGGGUUUGAGUCGUGAAAACAACCUCUUGCAAAAAGCAAGGUAAGAUUGUGUACAACAGACCCUUGUGGUCCGACCCCUUGAACCCCGCGUAUAGCGGGAGCUUAGUACACUGAGCUACCAUUUUU